AUGCUAACGAUGGUGUCUCUCACUGACAGUGCCGGCGAAGAAUCUGGGAAUGUACCAGGUCAAUGGUCUGAUCCUGGAAAUCACGGAUACUUUGGCGGAGAACAUAGGACUAGAUACGUUCCACAUUAUCUUCCUGAAGCUUCGACCAAAUCGCGAAAGCAAGAUCGAAUCAACACUACAAAGCUAAAUAAACAAAAUCUUGAGCGUCAUAUUCGCGUCGUCCAUCACUACUCCCCUGAUCGCCCUUUCUCGCCAACAAAUAGGAAAUCCAUGUCCUCCACCUUUCACACUUCCUCAAAGAUAGAUCCUGUUUUAUACACCCCUUCUGUUGUGCUUAGUUCCUUUAUCAACAACCCCAGCCCGAGCAAAAAUAUCAAUAUCUCCAGGCCUGGCUCACUCACUGAGGCGCAGGUCCAUACUCAGAACCCUAUUGACAUGCGCUUGCCAGAGAAGCAAUCUGCUCCUCUGGAAAUCUUGUUUCAACCUCCGCAACCGAUUGCUUUUACAUCUUCUCUUAGUUACCACCAAUCUACGUCUCUCAAUUCACGACUUUCUUUGUCAGUCCCUGUCACACAAUCAGCCACCAUUUCCACUACAUCUACGUGUAAUGCUUCUAUUUUCCCAGCCACGUCUAAUUCGUCCACUACAACUCCCUCUUCCCCGAAUACUACCCUUGUUCCAAUUUCUCCAACUGGGCCAUUCAUUUCAACUAGGACUGUCCUUUCCUCUAGUGCACUUACGGUUCAAGCAGACCUGAAAAAUGAUUCAGCUGAACCUGAGCCAUCCCCGAAUAGUUCUUACAGAUCUCAUAUGCUUUAUGAAAAUGAAGAUACUAAUGGUUCAGAUUUUUACCAAUCAGUUGUUGGUGGCUAUGAGCCCGAAUCUCAUAACCAAGGUGGUAAGUUGUUCUCCAGUUCGCUAAAUGAUUCGACAGACCAUUCUAGCCAGACUACACAAGAUUCGAAUGGCUCAACGGACUCCGAUCGUGGCUUCUACCUAUAUCUGGCUCCACCACCUAUUUCUCCCUCUCUCUCUCUACAUAGCCAGCCAUCGAUGGUCCAUUCGCCGAGCCACUCACUCUCAGAAGCCAUCUCUAAGGCAAAUUUACUUCCAAUCUCUUCACCUCCUCUCCAGAACGACGUUCAAGCUCAGUCGUAUGAGGCCCCUACAUCCCAGUCCACUUCAGAUAAUCUCAACCUGCUAUUACCACAGAUUACAUCUAGUGCUUUCCAGUCACCAUAUCCGUGUUCCUCUUAUGCUUUCUCCCAGGCUCCUUCCAUUAUUUCAUCCGACACUCUUGCCUAUCAGUCACUGCCCCUUAAUUCCUCACGCCUC